GGCGCUGCAGUUCCGGGUCAGGCCCUUCGCCCGCCUCCCUCGCCCUCCACUAUGGCGAGUAGUAGCGGCGCCGGGGCGGCGAAUCUGAACGCGGUGCGGGAGACCAUGGACGUUCUGCUUGAGAUUUCACGAAUUUUGAAUACUGGCUUAGAUAUGGAAACCCUGUCUAUUUGUGUACGGCUUUGUGAACAAGGAAUUAACCCAGAAGCUUUAUCAUCGGUUAUUAAGGAGCUUCGCAAGGCUACUGAAGCACUAAAGGCUGCUGAAAAUAUGACAAGCUGACUUUCUGGAGAAAUCCUGAUGAGAUAUGUCAAGCUCUGCAAGAGGAUUUGAAGAUUGCAUUAUAGUCAAGAAUGUACAAUGAAAGUACUGCAUGUGGCUGUGUAGAAAAAUUUUCCUUUUUAAAGAAUAACAAAACUAUAGCUUUAUAAAUCAGUGGAAAGUGGCUUACAGAGAGAAAUAUCAGAUGUGUUUACUUCACAUCUCAUUCACUUUUUUUUUUUUUAAUGGCCCUAAUGCUUUGGCACUGCUGUGUUCAUAUUUAUAUAUUCCUUAUUUAUAGCUCUGAUAGCUUUAAUUUUCAAGCAGGCUGUCUGUCAGCUGUGCACAUCUGCUGUGCCUGGUUUUGAAGUAUAGUGGAACCCAUCAGUAGUGAUGUGCAGUAGUUAUGACUUGUUGACAUUUCCAUUAUAAACUUUAAUUUUAAAUUGUUUAUGCAUAAUAACUGUAGAUUUAUGUUGUAUUGGGCUGGUAGUUGAUAGGAUUUCAGCCACCAUUUGUGAAUUUUGAUUUAGAUUCGUUAUGUAUAUCAGAAUUUUGUUUUUUAAAAUGAGAGCAUGGAAAACAUUUCUUGUAAUCCGUUCUUUAAACGAGUAUUUAGAUUUUUAAACAGUUUGUUUGGAAGGUUAAUAGUGUGAA